AUGGCUGACGUGAGGAAGGCUGACCCAAGAUCCAGAGGAACCGACGUGGUGAGUCCGGACCUGUGUACCCGGAGAGGUAGAGAAUAUCAAGAUGAGGUUGAAGAACAGUGGGGGAAAGUAGCCUCCAAGGUUAAAAAUAAGGCCGGCAUGAAAUCAGUAAACGUGACUAACACAUUAACAAAUCCGGAUGUGGUAGAACAAGAAUUAGAGGGAUGUAGCAAGGCACAAACUACCGCACUGCUUAUGAAAACGGUGCAGGAUAUUGAUAAGGACAGAUUAAUGGGCAAAAGGCUAGCCUUAAACAUAAUCAUAUUACAGCCUUUAUAUAAAAUAACAAAGGAAGCACAGGAUUUUGAAUGGGACCAAAACUGCGAAAAUGCCGUUAAACUGGUACUGGAAUAUAUAAACCAGUACAGCCACCUAUAUUAUAUACAGCCCGGUGACCACGUAAUUGUGGACAUCUUGUAUAUGCAGGGCUAUGGUAAUUGGAAUAUAUUUUCAAAAAAUAAAGACAGGGAAACACCAAUAGGCUUCUACUGCAAGAAAUUCCCAUGGUCAGAGAACAAAUAUUCGCUGUUCGAAAGAACCAUAUGGACAGCCUACGAGGCAUUCAGGACAAUCCACUCACUGCUCAAAGAGAACCAUGUGACUCUCUGGUCACAUAUACCCAUUUUGGACUGGGUAAAGGCACCAGGAGAGGCAUGGGCUGGACCACCCAUGGAAGGAAAGGUACUUCAGUGGAAAUGGUACCUUCAGGAGUUCCUUCGAUCAACACCUCUGUCAGCAAAGGGGUCGGUACCAGCGGUAUCGGAGUCGAUACUUCAGUCCGACAGGCCCAUGACUCCAGAGGGAUACAUUUUCCCAACCUCAACCCCUCCCCAGAAACAGGUACCAAUGGGCCAUUGGGAGACUAGAGAGUACGAUCCCUCCCUGGUUAAUGCCUGGUUCACUGAUGGAUCAGCAACUACGGUGAACAACAAAGUGAGAUGGAAAGCAGCCGCCUAUAGACCUGGGGAUGGAAUGGUCAUUACAGACCAGGGCACUGAUAAAUCAGCCCAACAUGCAGAAGUUAUAGCCGCACUAUUGGCGAUAAGACAAACCAUAAAGGACAAUUAUAAACAAAUUUAUUUAUACACCGAUUCAUGGUGUGUGGCAAAUGGCAUAGCAGUAUGGUCAGGUAAAUGGAGAAAUAAUGGAUGGAAAAUUAAUGGUAAAGACAUAUGGUCAAAGGCAGCAUGGCAGGAAUUGGAUGCAGCAAGCAGACUAAUCAAAAUCAUAGUAUACCAUGUAGAUGCACAUACCAAGAAACAGGAUGAGACAAGUAAAAACAAUGAAGUAGUAGACAAACUAGCUUCAGCAUUAAGUAUAAAAUUAAAAGGUACAUGGAAGGCAAACAUUGAUCCAGAAACAGGAAAAGGUAAAAUACAGAGAGAAUGGAUACAGGUAAGACCAUCAACUAAGGACAUACCUAUAAGUACAGAAGAGAUACUGAAAAUCCAUGAGCAGUUAGGACAUAUAGGUACACAUGCACUAAAAAGUUGGUUCGAUAAAAGAAAUCUUAAGAUAACAUGGCAGACAAUAAGGAAAGCAAUCAAUAGUUGCAACAAUUGCCCAAAGGCUAUGACAAGAUUAACACACAAUUACCAAGGGAUAAUAGGACACCGAAUGGAUUUUAAUAGAAUCCUACAAAUAGAUUUCAUAGGACCGUUAAACAGCUUCAAGGGAAAAUAUUGCUGUACCCUAGUAGACAUAACGACAGGUCUUGGGAUGGCCCGAGAAAGCACACACCCAGACCAAAACACGACGAUACUUACAGUCUGGGGAUGGUGUGCAGCAUAUGGAACACCAGAUACAAUACAAUCAGACCAAGGAACUCGUUUCGCAGGAGCCAAAACACAAAGAAUGGCUAGAAACUUAAACAUUCAAUGGGACUUCCAUAGAGUCUAUACACCGACAGCAGCCGGAGCAAUAGAAAGAUGGAACAGAAUGAUUAAAAAACAGCUAGAGAUGCAUAAGGGAAUGCCACUGUCAUUAGCAAUAAAAAUAGCAACUUAUGAAUUGAAUACCAGACCCAGAAUAAAUAGGAAGUCACCAAUAGAAGAAGCUAUACAAAAACAACAUACAAUAGAUUAUCCUACAGUUAUAGAUAGAGAAGUAAUAAGGAAUCCUAAUUGCCUUUACAGGAAUCGGAAGAAUAACAAAUUAUCCCCAGCAGAAAUAAUAGCACCAGGAACAGGAAACAACGUGUGGAUAACUCAAGAUGUCUUACAGGAAUCAAGUAACAGGAAAUCCACUUUGGAAUCCAUCAGGCAGACGCUUCGAUUUACUUAGUAAAAAUGGAAUGAGUAAUUUACUAUAUACCACAUACCAAAAAUAUAUGGAACCAUUGUCUGAUAUUUUCUAUAGAAUAGGUAUAUUAUUUAUGGCAGGAACGAUACAGGGAUGCAAAUACUGCACCCAUAAAUAUGCAAUGUUCUACCUUUCAGAACCAGAUGAGGUAGACAACCUCCCAAUGCUCUUGAUGCACUUAAUGUUCCACUUGACAAUAGAAAGAGGUAUACAUGAUAUGAGAUUAAUUGGAGAUGGAUACAUGAGAUAUUAUGGAACCAUGCAAUCUAGUAUAUAUAGGGUGAAUGGAA